AUGUGUCAGGCAUCAACGCUGAAUUUUCUAUCUGUUUAUCUGUCUGCAAAACGUUGUUUAGAUUCUGGUAUUUUGUCGCUUUGUGUUCCCGCUUUUUUUCUUUCUUUUUUUUUGUUUUCUUGCUGUUUUACUUUCAUCUGUUUAUUGUUUCAUUUUCUCUUUGUCUUCGUUAUUUCUCUAUUUCUUUCAUCUUUCUUUCUUAUUUUCUUUCCUUCUUUCUUUUCCGCUCUUAUUUCCUCAUUUUUUUUUCUUUUACGGUAUUUUUCUUUGUUUUCUUUUCUUUUGAUUCAUCUUUAUUUCUACCGUCUCCUUCCUUCCUUCCUUCCUUCCUUCCUUCCUUCCUUCCUUCCUUCCUUCCUUCCUUCCUUCCUUCCUUCCUUCCUUUUAUUCGUCCUUGGGUACACCUUUUACUGUUUCGUUUUUUUUCUGCUUUCAAUAUUACUUUCUUUCUUUUUUUUCCCGCUCUUAUUUCGUUAUUUUCUUGAACUUUUAUUAUUUUUUUUAUCUAUUCUUUUUUUUUUUCAUUCGUCAUUAUUUCUCAUCCUUUUUUGUCUUAUUUCUUCAUUUUUCUUUCUUUUCCUAUAUUGUAUCUUCACUUUCAUGACUUUCGUUUUUUCUACUUUUAUUUAUUUGUGUUUUUCAUUUACACUUCGUUUGCCAUCUCCUUUCUUUUAUUUCUUUUGUUCUUUACCUCUUUUCUUUUCUGACUUUCUUUCUUCCUUUCUUUCUUGUACGUUUUCUUUUUUCUAUUUAUUCAUCCUGUUUCUUUCUUUCUUUUCACUCUUAUUUCUUUAUUUUUGUUUCGAACUUUUAUUAUUUUACACUUUAUUUCGUUUCUUUUCGUUUCUUCACUUUCCUUAUUUGCCUUUAUUUUCUACUUUUUAUAUAUGUCUUUUCAUUUACACUUCUUUUACUCCCUUUGUUUGUUUUUUCUUUCUUUCUUUCUUUCUUUCUUUUACAUUUCCUUUUUUCUUUUCAUUCAUCUUUGUUCUUUCCUUCUUUUUCCCUAAUGUUUCUUCAUUGUUUUCUCUUUAUUAUUUUCUAUUUUGCGUUUAUUUUAUUUUCAAUUACCAUCCUUUUGCCUUCUUUCUUCCUUUUGUUUGUUUGUUUCUUUCUUUCUUUCGUUUUUUCUAUUUAUUUUAUAUUUCUCCUUCUUUUUAUUCAUCAUUCUUUUCCUUUCUGUUUUAA